AAAACAAAACAAGGAGAAGUCAUCAAACACCCUUUACCCAAUUUCACCUUCUUUUCCUACCAUUUAAUUUGAUUCCUCCGUUAUUUUAACAAAAUUUUUAUCUACAAAAGACCCAUUUGAUUACAGAAAAUGCCUAGCUAAGAAGACCUAUCAAACCCCAUCAUCUCUAUUUGAGUUCUUUUGUUGCCAUUUUCAGUUGUUUUUACUUUAAACAAGUGACUUUAAAGUUUCUUGUUUGAUAAAGAAGUGCUGAGAUAUGGUAAAGCAAGGACCCUGCUGUCACUGUGGUGUUACAAGUACCCCUCUAUGGCGCAAUGGACCUCCAGAGAAACCAGUACUGUGUAACGCAUGUGGAUCACGGUGGAGAACUAAAGGAUCACUCUCAAACUACACACCUCUUCAUUCCAGGGGAGAACCAGAUGAGUUGGAGUACAGGGUCAGAAUGAAGGCCAUGUCCUUAAAACAUAAAGAAGCAAAGGUGCUAAAACGAAAGCAGAAUCAUGGUGUGGAUGUAGUCUCUAGAGUUGCCCCUGAUACUGCUUCCCAAAAGGGUGUUCGGGAUGCUCUUCACUACAAUCAGGGAUACUUAAAGACCCUUGAUGAAGAUACAAGUAAUAGAUCAAGUUCUGGCUCAGCAAUAUCACCCUCUGGGAGCUGUGUGCAUCUUGGUAGUGCAGAUGCAAGUGAUUUGACAGGUGCAACCCAAUCCAUUGUGUGGGAUAGUACUGUACCCUCAAGGAAGAGGACCUGUGUUGGUCGCGCAAAGCCAUCUUCGGUUGAGAAGCUUACAAAAGAUUUAUAUACCAUUCUACAAGAACAGCAGUCAUACUUCUCUGGAUCUACUGAGGAAGAUGUGCUUUUGGAGUGUGAUACUCCAGUAGUCUCUGUAGAGAUAGGACAUGGAAGUGUGCUUAUCCGGCAUCCAAAUUCAGUAGCCCGUGAUGAGGAAUCGGAAGCUAGCUCCUUUUCAGUAUAUAACAAGCCACAUCCUGCUAAUGAAGCUUGUUCAGAGUUUAUUACCCUGCGUAACCAUACUUUAAACAGGUUCAACAAUUUUUCGUCGGCUGAAAUUGAGGGAAAGAAGCAGCCUGGACAUGAAAAGGAGCAUGAGCUAUAUAAAAGAAAGGACCAGCAAGAAAAUCUAGAGACUGUUGGGAAUCACAAAUCACCAAUAUUUUCCAUAGAACUAAAUGAUGUGCUAAACUAUGAGGAGUUCAGGAGGCACAUAACCAACCAUGAACUGCAAGAAUUACUAAAUUUGUUGCCUUCCACUGAUAUUCUUGGACUCCCAGACAGCCUCAAACUUAUGUUUGAAAGCCCACAGUUCAAGGAAAAUGUAUCAGCUUUCCAGAAACUUAUUGCAGAUGGUGUUUUUGAUCUAUCCUCAGCAGAGGUUAACAAUGAAUGCAAUAGUACAUUGACGAGGCUCUUACUUCACACAUUGACAAAAUCAUGUUGGGUGGAGCAAUAUAAUAUACUAAAGGAUACAAAUUGUGGAAGUACCGUUGGUGGUUCUUCUGAUGCCAGGGAACAUGCAGCUGUUGCAUCUGCUCAGUCACUGGAGAUAAAAAGAUCCCGUGUUGGUCAACCUCAGAAUAUUCCAGUUUCAGGAGGGAAAAAAGCUGUGAAGACUAACUAUGGACUAAAGGCACCAAUGGACAAAGAAGCUACUUUCUUCAGUCCAAAAACCCGACUUGUGCAGCCUCCUGAUAAUACUUCUCUUAUGCCGGAUUGUUUUCAGUUUGGAGAUGAAAGUUCUGAUCAUGAUCUUUUACUUAACAUACCAUCCCACAGUUCUUUCCCGCAGGCAGAGCUGCUUUUGCCAACUCAGGGUUUUGGUGCUCAAGCUAGUACUAGUAGCUCAAUAUACCAUAACCAUGUUCUGCAUUGAUUUCAAACAAAACCUCAUUAGGCCCAACUUUUGGUCACCAGUUUCGAACUGUCGUUUCGGAUGAAUUCUUGUACUGGCUCAUUAUAUUUAAAACACUGGAGAUGUAAAGGUCUGCUAAAGAGGCUUACUUGAUGCCCUUUGUGUACCUUGUUUAAACUUAAAAAUAAGGCCAACUCCUACAGGUGAGGACUCUGAGGACAGUGGAUAUAUACAUGUAAUUUUGUAUAGGUUAAAGAUAAUAUUGUAAGAUAUACAUCUAUGUGGUCAUGUGGUGUUACUCUGGUUCUUGUAAGUUGUAAGUUGCAACCUUGUUGUUAUUUUCA